CGACUGCCCUCAGGCUUCAAGGUGUAAUUGAAAAUAGAAUAGAUCAGCCCGUGAUGAGAUAUUUUUUCUUUCAUCAUCUCAUCAUCUCACCCACUGCGACUGCUACUGCUACCACCACCAUCAUCACCACCACUACCUGUACCUACCCCUUACUCCAUCUCUCACGGAUCGCCAUCAUUUAGUCACUUCUCCCACUUCCUAAAUUUGACAGCUUCUCGUCCCUUUCGUCUGGUCACUUUAACCUUUCUCCGGAGCUGCGAGGCUUAGGCCCUGCCUGCUUGUCUGGUACUGACUUCAUAGCGCAAGAGGGGCAAGCAGACGCCAGAGCGCCCGGCAAAUCCAAGUUGGGAGACCAAACAUUUACUGACGACCACCCUACCCGGAUCCACGACAGCUUCACUUCAUUCCCACCACCCCCCUUUCCGUCUCCUCCAUCACCAACAUCUGGCGACGGGUCUUCAUAGACACCCUCCGACUCGCAUCUGCCCUCUAUCCGCCCACUGCCCACCUCGAUCGAUUUUAAGUCGCUCAUUCCCCCGUCCGUCUGGUCCAUUGCGACUAUCCGAUUCCGAACCAACCUAAAGCCCCACCGUCAUUGGCGCUUGCAACCACCGAACAACUCAUCUAUCGCGCUGGCCUCCCGAUUCUAGAGCCGCCCAACAUUGGUCCACAGGGAAGACGCUGGGGAACUCUGCGCUUGAAGCUCGAAUACCAUCAUUCCCCGCCACAUCUGCAACAAUCGCAUUUUCGCUCUGCCGAUGUGUUUGUUCUAGAUACAACCCGUCCGCACCGCGGUGACGACGUUUGGUGGUUCAGUCUAGACGAAAGAAAACAUUCCAGACGAUGGCAUCGCAAAUGGAGUCGCAGCCCAGGCGGGAUCAGCCAAAACCGAAUCCAGGCCAGAUUUUGAUCGUAAUCCGUAAGUCUGCAGCGGUCAUGUUCCAUACGGCUCAUGCAUUCUGGACGAAGAGGGGCUUUGCGGUCGCUUUUCAUCCUUCCUAUCCCAGGAGAAAUGGCUGACACGGAUACAACACAGAUGACUUUACAGCGCGGAGCUCAGAUGAACUGAGCUUAUUCAAGGGCGACCGAGUCGAACUCAUUGAACGUGACGAUGAUUUUAACGAUGGCUGGUAUCUUGGGCGACAUCUCAUUAAUGGCAAUAGCGGCUUGUUUCCGGAAGGUACGGCAUCCAGUACCAAUGCGAUAUUUGUGCGGAAUUGACAAAAAAAUAGUUUAUACCAGACUUGCACCACGACCGCCUCCCUCAUAUCCUUCGGCGUCUGUUCUUCCAAAACCAUCCCCAAAACAGGCUAUCCAAGAGCCAUCUUCGUCACUUCCUCUAACUUCCCCCUCCACCAUAUCCCCGGAAAAUCCACGAGUAAGCGAAGCUGGUAUGUUUUCAGGAAAAGAUAGUACACCACAAGCAAGCCUUCACACCAGUGCCUCGGAGAUGCUCAAGCCGAAGGAGUCCUCUUCUUCGCUGAGCCCUUCUUUCGCCUCAGGAAACACAAUUGAAAAGCACAAAGUGGACGUGCCACAUAUCCCCAAACCCGUUCCAGCUCCUAUUCACCCAAAAAGUAUCACGACAGCAGUGCAAUCGCACGGUCAUGGCCAGGACAGCCCUGUUAUGAAUGAGACUCUAAGCGUGAUUGAUGAACACAUCACAGAUAUGAACUCGCCUCAUAGUAGUGCAGUUGUGGCCGAUCGAAGAGGUGGUAAUGAUUCUGGGAGUGAAUACAGUAGCCAUCUCGACCAUAGGCUAUCCUACAUCAAUGGAGAGGAAACGGACGAGGAGGAGGAACUUGCACACACGGAGCAAGAGGUUUCAACUUGGACUGCGGACCAGGUCGCCGAAUAUCUCUUCACGGUGGGUAUAGAAUCCAAACACUGUGAGGUUUUCCGGGACCAAGAGAUCACUGGUGACGUUCUACUUGGUAUGGAUCAAACAUCAGUCUUUCUCAAAGAAUUUGAGCUGGGUUCUGUGGGGCGUAGAUUGAAAACAUGGCAAAAGAUCAAAUCUUUGCAAGACGAAGUAACCACCGGAGCCCACAGUAGACGAAACACCGUAACCUACGGCAGUGAGGCUGGCUCGGAAUCGGAGCGCAACCGAACUCAUAGUAUUAAUUCAUCAAUACCUAGGAUACCAAGCUUGAUGGAAGGUUCCUCUUCUCCACGCAAAGGCUCAAAUCUUUCUCAAUCCAGAAUUCCACGACAUGACACAUUCCAAAAUGAGUCGCCUGUAUCCCCAAGGACCAAACAAGAUUUUCCCCGAAUGCCUGGGGAUAAGCGGCCUUCCGCUGCAUCUAUCCGCGAUAUGCAACAAUCAAGACAGAAUUCCACAACUGAUUUUACCACGUCAAUGUUAGCCUCGGUACCAAGCGGAUUGCCAAAAACCGAGACAGCUCACAAAAAGCAGCCGUCUUUCGAUAAAAAUUGGACCAUGGGAGCUGCAACACCACUCUCAAUGAGUAGUCGUCCAUUGUCUUCAUCUGGGAUCAAGGCCUCUCCUGAGGAAACAACUCCCUCAACUGCCUUGGAUAUCCUUGACAGGGGUUAUUUUUCAGGAGGCGAGGCCGAUGGACGUCAAAGAAAUGUUUUACGCAAAAGAGGAAGCACAGCUGGGGGGCAUUCUCGCAACUCAAGCUAUACCGAUGAACAAAGAGUCCGUAGCGCUACGGCUCACUCGAGACACUCAAGAUUUGGAAGUGUAGAUUCGGUCCGCGAUACUGCUCCUCCAUCGGCCGCCCAAAAAUACUAUGGUCUUUCGAUGAAUGGUCGUCGUAGAACGCCCUCGGAAAGUUCUGCCAACGCACCACCUCGACCACCUCCGCCACCUAAAGAUAUGCCAUCUCCCACGGUCACCAAGCUGGAGGCUAAAUCGCCAGAUGCACCACACUCUCGUGGGCCAGCAGACUGGUUACUCCCUUCCAAAUCUGGCACCGGUCGUUCAUUUGGUCUUCGAGCAAUUUCCGAUGCCGUCACUGGGCAUGAGAAAUCGCGUGUUACUUCGCCUUCGGAUGUUGCACCUUCUUCCAAAGAUUCACCACUGGUGUCGCCAGCACGCACUGGAUCCAGCACACCCUCUGGUGGGCCAAGCUUUGACCUCGAAUCCCCAGAUCCAAAGAACGCCUCAACACCAAAAGCCCGCAAGAAGUCCAAGAAGGAGACGAGUGCCUAUACCCGUGGGCUUGAGAAGAAGAUGCCACAAGAACAAAUGAUAGGUGCUGAUUACAGUGGAUGGAUGAAGAAGAAGAGUACCAACCUUAUGACGACAUGGAAACCACGACUUUUCGUCUUGAAAGGGCGACGACUAUCAUAUUACUACUCAGAAGAUGACCAGGAGGAGAAGGGGUUGAUUGACAUUUCCUUCCAUCGAGUUCUCCCUGCCGACAAUGAUCGAUUGACUGGAUUACAUGCGACACUUACCGGUGCCACCAAUAGCCCAACUAGUCCUGUUGGGUCACAUACUGCCACGAUUGCCUCGACGGAAGCUGCUGCGGAGCCAGAGUCUACCUUGAGUAAGGGCACGGGGGAUACCAUGUUCAUCUUCAAGCUCGUCCCUCCUCGAGCUGGACUCUCAAGAGCGGUAACAUUCACCAAACCAACUGUACAUUAUUUUGCCGUUCCCAAUAUCAAGCAGGGGCGGUUGUGGAUGGCCGCGCUUAUGAAGGCCACGAUUGACCGGGACGAUUCUAAACCCAUCACCACGACCUAUCAACAAAAGACCAUCUCCCUAGCCAAGGCACGAGCCAUGCGACAUCGUCCUCCAGCACUCAUGAACCUUGACGAGCAUGUGGACGAGGAGGCCAUGAAAACUUCGGACAGUGACAAAAAUGGCCUGAACAUUCAGGGCAUUAUCUUCGACCAUGAGAUGAACGAGGGGGAUAGCGGCGUUUCGGGUGUAUCACGUUCUGAUGCAGCAGCGCCAGGAAGCGCAAAAGAGACGUACGAUAAUGCAAGUAGUUCAGGACGUUGUAAAGAGGGCGACGUACCCGAACCGUUGACCGCAUGA